GAAAAAUAUAUAAAAACCUGAAAUUAACCAAUGGUAGUUAGAAAGUGAAGUUUAAUCCUACCUGUCUCUCCGAAGAAAAAUUUUUAGUUCGACUUGCUUUAAGCUGUCCAUUUGCAGAUUUGCGACAGACGACUUCGACUUUGCUACUGUAACAAGCCGACCACGGGAUCAAAUUACAUUAAACUCCCUUGUAAUAAUAAUAAUAAUAAUAAUAAGUCACCUGAGUUAAUAACUGUGAUUGUUACUUCUGUGAAACUGUUAUUCCUCGAGUUUCUGUAAAAUAUAAAACAAACAAAAAAAAAAACAAACUCAUUAGCGUAAUUAUUAUAAUUAUUGACAUUAAUUUUAUUAUUAUUUAGUUCACGAAAGGAAUUACUCAUGGCAAAGAGAGGAGAAACCAACCAAGUAUUUGCUCUAGAGGAUGUAGAUAAAGAGACAAAUGAAAAAAUAGCAAAGAAGUUACGUGAAGUUGAGGAAAAUAGUAAAGAAAUAGUCAAACGUGAAGAUGAAAAACCAGAGGAAAUUGAUCCAUGGGCGCUGCCAGAAUUCAAAAGUGAUGCAAAAUUAUGGCAAGAAAUGACAGGCAAAGAGAAGGUAAUCCACGUACUUUGGACUGGAAUAACGAAACCACUUCUUCUGAUCGGCCUUCUCUAUCUUUUCAUCUGUUCCUUGAGUUUUCUCAGCAGCGCCUUUCGCUUGUUGGGAGGUCGUACAGCUGGACAAAUAUUUCGAGACAGUGAAGUCUUGGCAAACCCAGUUGCAGGGUUGGUGAUCGGAGUGCUGGCCACGGUUCUAGUCCAGAGCAGUUCCACGUCAACAUCGAUCAUAAUAACGAUGGUCGGAGAAGAACUUUUAACAGUCAAACAAGCCAUACCCAUCAUCAUGGGCGCAAAUAUUGGAACAUCAGUGACGAACACAAUUGUCUCAAUGGGACAGAUCACGGAUAAAGACGAAUUCCGCCGGGCGUUUGCUGGAGCCACGAUACAUGAUAUGUUCAACUGGCUGGCAGUCUUAGUUCUACUUCCGAUUGAGACCGCAUCAGGAUAUCUUUACCAUUUUACGACGUGGAUGACCAAACGAUUGGAAUUAACUUCCAUGAACGACACCAACCCAGAAUUACUGAAAAAAAUCACCAAACCAUUUACCAAAUUUAUUAUUCAGCUGAACAAGAAGGUAAUAACAAAUGAAGCUACCAGGCUGAAAAAUGAAUCUGCAAGCAGUAUGUUGAAAAUCUGCAAGGAUGCAGACAAGACAGUUAUAAAAUGUGGCUAUUUAUUUGAGCACUUGAGUUCCUGGGAAGACUGGGCUAUGGGCCUGCUGCUACUGUUUAUAUCCUUACUUAUAUUGUGCCUUUGUCUCAUGUUUAUCGUAAAGCUUCUUCAUUCCCUGUUGCGAGGAAGUAUCGCCAAAGUUAUUCGCAAAAUUGUCAAUCAAGAUUUCCCUGGCCCCUUGUCCUAUAUAACCGGUUACCUGGCAAUACUGAUCGGCGCUGGCUUAACGAUGUUGGUUCAGAGCAGUUCAAUCUUCACAUCUUCCAUAACACCUUUAGUUGGUCUAGGUAUUAUCUCUCUUGAACGAAUGUACCCACUGACUUUAGGUUCGAAUAUUGGAACGACAACGACGGGAAUGCUGGCUGCCAUCGCACAGGACGAUCACUUAAAAGAAUCUCUUCAAGUCGCUUUGUGUCAUUUAUUCUUCAACCUGACUGCAAUUCUAAUCUUUUAUCCUAUGCCACAAAUGCGUUUUCCUAUCAACUUGGCCAAAUUUUUAGGCAGCACGACAGCAAAAUACCGAUGGUUUGCAAUAAUGUAUCUCAUAUUUAUGUUCUUUGUGUUUCCAGCCAUAAUUUUGGCCCUCUCCUUUACCUCUGUGAUAGCCUUGAUUGUGGUUCUCGUGCCAAUUAUUCUUCUUAUUAUUACCGUGGCCAUUAUUAAAACUUUGCAAGCCAAGAAGCCGCACUUUCUUCCUGAAAAGCUCCGAAACUGGAAAUUUCUACCUGAAUGGAUGCGAUCUCUGGCUCCUUAUGAUCGCCUGUUCAGGAAAAUGUUUAGUAUUUGCAUGAAGAUAAGACAUCCAAAACAGGAUGGUGUGGAGAUAAACAGAGCUUAACCCUUUAGUGUUUAAACCGGCCAUAUCCGGCCCAAAUAUUCUAUGUUUUAUAUUCAAACUGGCGAUAUCUGGUCUCUCACACCUAAUCUACAUAGACAUUCUAAAAAUAAACAAUCAC